UAGCCUCCAAAUGAAAAUACCUAAAGUCCAAUAAAGUGACUUUUCAGUCCCUGGGGUCCAACAUAUACAAAGGGAAACCAAGAAACGCAACGCUCCUAACGCCAACCUCAUCUCCUUGUUCUUCUCGCUUCAUCUAAAAAAUCUUCUCUGUUCAAUCUUUUCACCCCUAAAUCGAUGGCCCUUCAACUGUGGGAUACCUUCAAAGAAUCAAUCACAGAAUACACGGGUCUCUCUCCAGCUACUUUCUUUACAGUUCUUGCUCUGGGCCUUGCUGUGUACUAUACGCUGUCCACUUUAUUUGGUUCGUCUGAUGAUGGCCAUCCCAGGUCAAGAGGUGUCGAAGAGCAGAUGGAGCCACUUCCACCUCCCGUUCAGCUUGGUGAAAUUACUGAUGAAGUGUUGAAACAGUAUGAUGGGUCUGAUCCGAAAAAGCCUUUGCUCAUGGCUAUCAAGGGUCAGAUCUACGAUGUUUCGCAGAGCAGGAUGUUCUAUGGGCCGGGUGGACCUUAUGCCUUGUUUGCUGGAAAGGAUGCGAGCCGAGCUCUUGCAAAAAUGUCUUUUGAAGAUAAAGAUCUUAAUGGUGAUCUCACUGGCCUCGGUCCAUUUGAGCUUGAAGCCUUACAAGAUUGGGAAUACAAGUUUAUGAGCAAAUAUGUCAAGGUUGGAACUGUCAAAAGUUCCGUGCCCGUGAGCGAUGGAGUGACUGAAGGUCAAACAGCAAAGGCAACUGAAGCCGAUGCUGCUAAGCCUGCAGAAGAUGGUCCAUCAGCAAGUGUUGAGAAGGAAGCUGUGGAAACUGCUGCGCCUGCUGAUGAUGCUGACAAGAAAGAUUGAGUUCUCAUAGAAUACCAAACUGGGGAGAAAGGUGUGCCAUUUUUCAUGGAAAUAAAAAUAGAUUAUAAUGUUUGGCUGCUUCUUUAUUCUGUUUCAUACAGGUGUUUAACUUUAGUGAAGGACUGUGGUACUCCUUAUGUAAUGAACUCGAUAUAAUAUCCUGUUUUUCGUAUUACAUAAUGACCGAGGCUUAAUAAAUGUGUAUUUGCAUUGA